UCCGAGCAAAAAACUUUGUGAUUCAUAAAGGCGUCAAAUCAAACGGGGCCAAGGCGUCCCACUCACGUUUUCGUUUUCGUUUUCUUUGCUACUCUUCUAGAAACAGAAAAGCAAUAACUAAGCGUCUAGAAGAAAGAUCUGCCCGUCAUGAGUCAAGAUGUCGCAGAGCAGAACAUUCAGAUGUGGAAAGUAAAGAAACUCAUCAAGAGCUUGGACUCUGCUCGAGGAGCGGGGACCUCAAUGAUCAGCUUAAUCAUCCCUCCUAAGGACCAGAUAUCUCGUGCCUCAGCUAUGUUGACGCAGGAGUACGGUACUGCGAGCAACAUCAAGUCGCGGGUGAACAGAUUGUCUGUUCUUGCGGCCAUCACCAGUACCCAGCAGCGCCUUAAGUUGUACAACCGAGUACCGCCAAAUGGUCUCGUCCUUUUCGUGGGCACCAUUCUCACCGACGAAGGUAAAGAGAAGAAGGUUUCAUUUGACUUUGAGCCCCACAAGCCGAUCAAUACUUCGCUUUACCUCUGUGAUAACAAAUUCCACACCGAAGCCCUGUCUGAACUCCUCGAGUCUGACUCUCGCUUUGGCUUCAUCGUCAUGGAUGGUAGUGGCACCCUCUUCGGCAACCUCUCAGGCAAUACUCGUGAUAUCCUACACAAAUUCACCGUCGAUCUUCCUAAGAAGCAUGGUCGUGGUGGUCAGUCUGCACUACGUUUCUCCCGUUUACGCGAUGAAAAGCGCCACAACUACGUUCGAAAAGUCGCCGAGCUUGCUGUGCAGCACUUCAUCACAAACGACAAGGUCAACGUGACUGGACUCGUCCUUGCCGGAAGUGCCGACUUCAAGACAGAACUUAGCCAGAGCGACCUGUUUGACCCACGCUUGGGUGCGAAGGUCAUCAAGGUUGUAGACGUGAGCUACGGCGGUGAGAAUGGUUUCAACCAGGCCAUCGAGCUUGCAGCAGAUGCGCUGGCAAACGUGAAGUUCGUGCAAGAGAAGAGGCUUAUCCAGAAGUAUUUCGAUGAAAUCAGCCAGGACACGAAUAAGUACUGCUUUGGUAUUGAUGACACGUUAAAGGCACUUGAUUUGGGUGCCGUCGAGACCCUAAUCGUGUGGGAGAACCUGGAUAUCGCGCGCCACGUAUUCCGCAAUGCUGCAGGAGAGGAAAUCAUCAUCCACGCAACCAAAGAGCAGGAGAAAGACCGCGAAAGAUUUUUGGACAAGUCCACUGGUCUAGAAAUGGAACAUGCCGCCGAGCCGCAGCCUCUCCUCGAGUGGUUUGCCGAAAAAUACAAGGACUUUGGAGCAAACCUUGAGUUUGUGACCAAUCGGUCGCAGGAGGGCGCGCAAUUCGUUAAGGGCUUCGGUGGGAUAGGCGGGUUGCUUCGUUACAAAGUCGACCUGACGAACCUUGCGGCCCUUGAUGAAGAUGAAGACGAGUUCUACAGCGAUGAUGACGAUAUCUGACGGUUUGGUUGGCUCUUCGGAGCCCCGUCCACUGAGGGCACGCCGGGCGGGGCGGAGGUGGGGAAGUUAGGGGAGAACGUUGGGACCGGUUUGCGCGAGCUUCUGCAUUCGGUCAUCUGUUCGAGUAUCACACGCCAGUACUUGGUCUAAAGAUAAACAGUUCUUAAAGCGUAUGAACUACUACAUGAGAGUGGAGCAUUGAGUGAUUCCUGUUGUUCGCCGAUGAGUAGUUUCAACCUAUGUAGUUGUAUCCCGUUGUUCGUUUGAUCAAUGCAUCUCUUGUGUUAUGCAGUGUCUCAGGUCUCCUAUCAGUGUCUGGUUUCAUGGUGUCAAAUGUCGCA